AUUUGAUUAGCCCGUAAGCUGUGACGUACAGUUAGCUCUUUAGCAUUAUCGCUGCAGCUGAAGAGAUGUCAUCUGUGUUAAGGCACUCUACUAAAUUCACAACCUGUGGUUUUUUCUCACUGCUGUCUGGGAACUGCAGUCAUGGAAGGACCAUUGCCUUGCCAUACUUUGUAUCUAAGAACAGAUAUUCAUCAUCUUCAAAAAUUAAAGUGGAUCUAGACAGCACCAAUGGCGUUGCUGUAAUGCAGUUUCAGAGCCCUCCGGUCAACAGUCUCAGUCUUGACUUUUUGACUGAAUUUGCCAUUAAUUUAGAAAAGCUCGAGCUGGAUAGAAGCUGCAGAGGUGUGAUCAUAACUUCUGCCCAGCCAAAGGUUUUCUCUGCUGGGUUAGAUAUUUUGGAAAUGUUUCAAAAGAGCCCUGAACACUGUGCAGAAUUCUGGAAAGCAGUACAAGAAAUGUGGCUGAAGCUUUAUGGAUCCAACAAGGUCACCAUCGCUGCCAUAAAUGGAUCCAGUCCUGCAGGUGGCUGCUUAAUGGCUAUGUGUUGUGACUACAGGAUUAUGGUUGAUAACCCUCGGUAUAGCAUUGGUCUCAAUGAAACAAAGCUUGGGAUAGUAGCACCUUUUUGGUUUAAAGACACCAUGGCAAAUACAGUGGGCAACAGAGAAACAGAGAAGGGUCUUCAGCUUGGUUUGCUGUACAGUGCACCAGAAGCCCUAAAGGUCGGUCUGGUUGAUGAGCUCGUUCCCGAAGACCAAGUUCUCGGCAGAGCCACUGAGACCAUGACCAAAUGGUUGGCUAUCCCAGAUCAUGCUCGCCAGAUAAGUAAGUCCAUGAUGAGAAAGCCCACAAUAGACAAACUUCUUGCAAACAAAGAAGCUGACAUCAAAAACUUUGUCAGUUUCAUCACCAAAGACUCCAUCCAGAAAUCUAUUGGGAUGUACUUGGAGAUGUUAAAGAGGAGAAAGUAAUGAAGGGCUGAACGAGUUACAAGUGUGCCAAUUGUUGAAAUUGCCUAUACUGUAUGUAUCAGUGUUGCUGUACAUCACACACCUUUCUUUUGUUAAUAGUGCAUAUCUGGAUGACUUCAAUGUUGUUUGCAAAUAAAACUUUUUGAAUCAGAAUGGGAUAAUA